GUUUGUACUGACAACAAAAAUUGCACCUUUUUUUUUAUAUAUCGGGUACCAUACAAAAGAGACCGAAAUUAUUAUUAUCAAUCAUAAAAUGAAGGGAGGAAGAUAUUCAAGGGAAGGAAGUAAAGCAGGGUUGGUGGGAAUAGAAAAAAAGAUCGAGAGUUUAAGAGCAGAAGAUCCUCCUCUUUCUGGUGCAUAUAUUCGGAGCCUCGUGAAGCUGCAGCUGACUUCCUCCUCCUCCUCCUCGGGAGAUGGGUUUACAGAAGUAUUGGCGGCCACACCGCCGCCGCCACAACGCAAAAAACAAGCCCGGAGAAGACUCCAUACCACCAGACCGUAUCAAGAAAGGCUUCUAAACAUGGCGGAGGCGAGGCGGGAAAUAGUGACCGCCCUUAAGUUCCACAGAGCAGCCAUGAAACAGAAGCAGCAGCAAGGGGAACAACCCGCAGAGAGGCGGCCAUUGGAGAGGAGCUGCAGCUUUCCUGCAGCUCCUCAUCCAGGGCUGCCGCCACCAUUUGAGCGGCAGCAAGAACAGAUGAUGAAGUUCGAUUCAAGAAGCCGGGUUAUCUGCCCACCCUUCUCCUCCUCGUCCUCGUCCUUGUCCCCGCCAUCUCACCAUCAUCAUCCGAUGGGUUACUAUUACUCUGUUUCUCCGCCCCCGCCGCCGCCGGUCCAAGAAAACCUCACCAUCGAUAUUGCAAACCAGCAGCAGCUACCCUUGGGGCUGAAUCUGAAUUUCCAAGAUUUUGACAAUUUGGAGGCUACCCCUUAUUAUGUGAGCCCAUCAAUUGCGGAUGAUCGGUCUCCGUCUUCCUCGAGCCUUCCUCCCUCGGCGGAGGAUAUGCAUCAUCCCGCCCUGGAUGAGAAGGAAAUAUCAGAGAUAAAGUCAAUAGGGGAGAAACAGCAGAUUGAAUGGAAUGAAAACUUGAAUUUGGCCACUUCAUCUCUGUGGCUGGAGUUCUUGAAAACCGUCGAAAUUGGGUCCCCUGGAGAAGGCGAGAAGGAGAAGAAGAAGAGGAACGGUGAUGAUGAUGAGGAUUACUACUCUUAUGGUGAUAACAAUGGAUGCUGCAGCUAUCCAUUAUUUCAGGAGGCGGUGGACUUCCCGGCCACGGCUGCUGCGUGGUUUAAUGAUGGCUGUUUGGAAGAACCCAACUUGAACGAGGAGAUUAAUCGUUGUCAUCACGAUGAUAAAUGCUUCCAAAAUCCUGCCUUGCCAUGGUAGAGAUCAAGCAAUGAAACAAAAUAUGCAUGGCCCACUGAAACCCCAUCCCCCAGUGCCGGAGGAUCCAAUCUUAUACACCGACCCCAUCCCCCAUUUCACUAAUGAUUUAUUUGGAGCGGCCUGCUUUGGAUAGAAAUCCCAAUCUUAUACUACCUCCAUCACUUAAAAACCUUCACAUUUCACAUUUCAAAAGUAGGUAGAUUAAGAAUAAUGAAAGAGUAUAUGAAUUAUUGAGGGUAUGAUGGGAAGAUAGUGGAAUAAUGUGAUGGAAUGUAGGAUAAAUCCAAAAAAAGUAGUUGUAAUAGUAUAUUAUUUUGAGAAUUAUUGAGGGUAUGCUGAGAAGAUUUAGAAAUGAGAAGAUUUUUUUGUUACGGACGAAAAAGGAAAGUGAGAAGAUUUUUAUGUUACGGAGGGAGUACUAGUAAUUUUUUUUGGAUCGUACCCCAAUCUUAUACGGAGUAAAUUAAAAAGCAUAUUACAAUUUAAUCAACUAUAUAUACAUUUACAAAAAUUAUGCAUUUCAAUAAAAUAUACUCCGAAAUUGAGAAAAUACCAAAAGUAAAGGUUUUAAACAACAUAAAAAUUAGUUGAGUAGACAAUUAACAUGUGUCAAUAGUUUGCUUCUACGGUUUAUUCAAUGAAAAUUGAAUAAAAACUAUAAAAUAAUUAAUUUAAACAUAUAAAAAGCAUAAAGUUGUUUAUUAAAAUACGGAGUAUAAGAAUUAAUUAAAGAAACAUAAAACUAAUACUCUCCGUCCGAAAUUGACGGUUUUAUACUUUUUGGGCUCAAAUAUUAAGAAAAAGUGGUAGAAAGAUCCAUGUAAUCUUACUUUAUUGUACUAUUCACCCCUUUACUGUUACUGUUUAUUAAAAAGGAGGGAUAUAAAUGAUAGUCUACUUUAACUUCUUUAUCAAAAAGGGAAAUGCGACUAUCAGUUUGGGACACCCCAAAUAGAAAAUACAGGACCAUCAUUUUACUACUUAGGUAUUAAAAUUUAAUACGGUACAUACUAUACUAGUAAUAUAAUACGACAAAAAUGGGGGCCCAGUAAUUAUGGGGCCGCUGCUAUGUUUCGAGCAACACAAUGAACUUCUAUUAGCCAUGUUUGAUCGUCUUGAAUGUGGUUCCCUAAAAUAAAGAACAUCCUCACAAAAUUUCAUAAAAAACUUAACUCAAUGACUGACUGGUCAUGCAAAGGAACCUUGGAGGUUGGAGGCAAUUAAUUAUAUUAAAGAAUUAGAUUAAGUGUUUUAAGGGUAGAAAACUAAUGUUUAGUUCUAUUUAGGGAAGAUUUAAAGUGUAAGUUUAAUUUCAUAUAGCCAUAUAGGGCAAUUACUAUUAUUUUAAUUGUAUGUUUGAAAUUUAUUCAGUAUCGAAGAUAUUGAAGAGAAUGACGGGGAGUGGCUAGCCGGAGAAGAAUAAGAAUGCUUGGUUUUCAAGCUCCAAAUUUUGUUCUCGAACCAAUGAAUCCUUAUUUUGCAAUUUAUGUGUUGUGCCCAUUUGUUGUUUUAUGCCUUCAAGUAAUAAGGGCUUUGUAGAACGUGAGAGGUUGAUAGUGAGUAGAUGAGAUUGAGGAGAGUAAUAAUAUAUUACUCAUCUUCUCGAUCUCAUCUACUUACUACCGACCGGAAGACCAUGAGAAAUGGUCUUGUGAGAUUGAUACUCAUUUAUUUAUAGUUGAAGUAGUGACGCUUAAAACUGGUUUUGAGAAACGUUACCGCAGCCAAACAGCACCAAUGCAGAAAAUUAUUAGUACGCG